UCUGCUCUGUGUAGGUUUGUGAAAAAACUCGAUUUCCAAAAUGAAUAAAGACGCCCAAAUGAGAGCAACCAUUAACCAAAAGCUAAUAGAAACAGGAGAGCGAGAACGCCUUAAAGAGUUGCUGAGAGCCAAAUUAAUUGAAUGCGGCUGGAAGGAUCAGUUGAAGGCACACUGCAAAGAUGUUAUUAAAGAAAAAGGAUUAGAGCACGUUACUGUUGAUGAUUUGGUGGCAGAAAUCACUCCCAAAGGCAGAGCCUUGGUACCAGACAGUGUAAAGAAAGAACUCUUGCAAAGAAUAAGAACCUUCCUUGCCCAGCAUGCCAGUCUUUAACUUUGACGUUCAUCUGGGAUACAGUGUUUCUGUUUCUGUAUUAUGUCAAUCAUGUCAGGAUUGGAAUGCAGUUUCCAUACUUAAGGAUGGAAAAUCAUUAAUUUUUUUGUACAAUGAGUUGAAGUUUGUUUGCACUGCAUCAAUUUCUUGAACUUGGUGUUAUUUUAAUAAAAAAUUUUGUGGACUUGUG